AUGACGUUCCCUGUGGCAAGAAGCCCUGAGAAAUCGAAGACCAGACCGUCUCAGGCGACCCUUGCUCCCGAUGGCGAUGCCAGCCAGAAAGGCGACCUGCUGGUACUGGAGCACACCGCGAACGAUCGGAUAUCCGCCGUCGGCUGGAGGACGAAGCUAUGCAAAUAUGCUGCCUGGGCCAGCGAUUCAGCAGCAAUAACCAGCGCAAGUGACAACAAGGCAGCAGCGCAAAUCAAAACGACCUUGGCUUUCUUCGGCAUACAGCCUCUGGCAGCGGUCAACACGUCUCAGUCUCACUGGAAAGGCGUAGACCCAACAUUGCUGAAACCGACGCAACCCCUACCGGUUUUCAUUCUGUCUCAUCCGAAGCUCGCCAGUAACCUGCCCCUUCUCAUCGUCGGCUCACCUGAGAUCGAUGCGAACUCGACCCAGGCUCCCCUGAUCUUGCAGGAUGAGCAAGUCACCGUUAAAAUCUUGCGAGAUACUGAGGAUACGUUCAACUUGAUCGAUACCGCAUCGAUGGGGGUUGAUGUACCGGGCUACAUGGCAGCCCAGCGUUCCAUCGAGACGAUUGAAGAGGAAGAGAACAAGCGAAGAGCCGUUCCUUUGCUUCUUGGAUCGCACGAGACCUGGCGACCGGAUUGGACUCCGUUGUUCGAUUUUGGUCGAUACUGGUCCGAGCUAGAUGUUACGGCCCGCAAGCAGGGUGUGGGAAGAAAGCGGGUGCCUGCUGCGGACCCGGAGAGUUUGGGAUCCUGGAGUCUGGGCGACGUGAUACAGUAUGGGGAAGCGGUCGGCAGUACCCAGACGAUGCUCGACCGCAACCCGAUCAUGCUGUACGGCCUCCCCGUGCCCUUCGUUUCGAUGGCCAGCUUCCAGCUAGCUGGUCGUGGUCGAGGCAAGAAUCAAUGGCUGUCGCCGGCCGGUUGUCUCCAAUUUUCCAUCCUGCUCAAGCUGCCUCGAGGCUUUCCAUCCAAUAAGGUGGUGUUUGCGCAGUAUAUCGCUGCACUAGCAAUCUGCCAAGGGCUUGAUGACGAUGGCAAGUUGGGCGUACGCAUCAAGUGGCCGAAUGACAUUUACGCCGAGGCCGAAGGUCUAGGUCAGCCGUCCAGCUCGACCGACGCAGUUGAUGGGGGGCGCGCCACGGCUCCCAAGGGAAGAGCUAAGCUGGGUGGCAUCUUGGUAAACUCUAGCUUUGUCAAGGGAGAGUGGCAUCUGGUCGUGGGUUGUGGCAUCAACAUCUUGAACGAUCUUCCGACCACUUCACUUGCUCAACUCUACGAGCUCUCUCACAAGCGCAACGGCUCGGUUGGUCCAGUGACCGUACCGACGAUGGAGACCAGUUUGGCGCGGAUACUGGUCGCUUUCGAAGAGAUCUGGGACCAAUUCGUCGAGGACAAGAGCUUCGCUGGAUUUCUGGACGAAUACACUGGUCGCUGGCUGCACACCGAUCAACCAGUAACAUUAACGACCGUCAAGCCUCAUCUUCCGCUGGUCAUCAAGACGCUCGAGCUGAACAGCGGAUUGCUGCGAUGCGUACGGGCGUCGAGUGAGGGCGGCGCAUGGGGUUCCUCUUCAUACGACGGGUAUGAAGAUCGAUAUUCCACCUCGAUGUCAAUGUCGAGCUCUGCGGAUCGCUACAUCGAUCUGCAGCCUGAUGGGAACAGUUUCGACUUGAUGAGCGGAUUGAUCAAGCAAAAGGUAUAA